AUGGCAUCGUCGGGAGGACACCUCUUGGUCUCCAAGGCCAUGAGGCUGGUCAAGUUCGCAGCUGCGAAGACAGGGAGAUUCCUACGUGACAAGAUCCCGCAGGCAACCAAACCACUCGAAACCGACGUCCAGCCUGCCUACGCCCGCGUCUCUCAACGCCAGCAACCUGUCAAUCGCCUCGCCCAGAUCCGUCAGACUCAAAGCCGUUGGUACAGCACCGGAGUGCACGCUCUCAACAACACCAGACACUACUCUUCCCAAUCCGGCCCCCACGUCCGUCCGAGUCGUGCGUCCUACCCUUCUUCACGUACUGCCACAGCUGUGGGACGAUUGACUGGUCGUGCCCCGUUCGCAUCUACCCUUCGACCAAACCUCACGGGAGGCACGUUGAGCCGUCAUGCGGGCGGUUAUGGAUUAGGAGGUGGUCGAGUUGGUGGUGCCAGAUACUUCUCUCAUUCCCCUGCGGCACCAGCACAGGUGGUCACCAACGUCUCCCAGGCCGUGCGAGCGUUCUGGCUCUCCGGUCAAAAAGCCCGUUUUGAUGGAUUCAAUCCUCGCACAGGCGAGAAGCGAUUCCGAGCUGUGUCGAGCCUUCAAGAGGAUGCGAGACAUACUAUGGACAUGUCAUCAAAGACUGCGCCUGGGUCAUUCAUUGACUUCAAGGUCUCUCCGACCAUUACCGCUAUUGGGCCCUUGGCCAGCGUGGCCCGGUCUCCUUCGGCUGCCUCUUGCGACUAUGCAGCCCAACAAGACACCUUGAACAACACCACGAUCAUGUCCAACCUCUCGAUUGACUUUGCCCGGGCAUUGAAAGACCUUGCUGCCGUCAUGAACGAUCUCAAGCACUUAGCGACAUUGGGGGAUCUCCCUAUCUCGCUGCACAACAGCGUGACUCUCCGUGUCCGCUUCCCUGGCUGCGACGCAGAUACAGUUGAGGCUCUUUGUCGUGAACUGAACAUCAAGCGCGGCAUAGUCGGCCAAGAUGAGGAUUUUGAUGCGAAGAACGGAACUGAAAUGGCUCUUCUGUUCCCUUUUGCGCCGAGCAAGACGGCAAGCGAAGCCGGCUUCGUCAGCUCCAACUGUUGCUACGGUGACAGGCCAAUCAAGCGCAUCAAGAAAGACCGCGUCGAGUGGCAGGAAAUGCUGACUCCGCCUCAAUGUUUCUCUGCAGGCUUCUCACAUGUUUCAGUUACGAGCAAGUCGCCCGACGCGUUCGAGAUGAUCGACGAGGCAAUGGGCCAGAAUCCUUGGAUGUCAAGCCCGUCAGGCUAUUCCAGUCUGCACGAGAGUGAACUGUUGGAAGCCGAGGACGAUGCGGCCAUGUACUUUUUCCAGCCAAGAAACAAUGCCGCUGGGAGAGAAAGAUACCGCGAGCCCUCGGUCAGUGGAAACGGCAAUGGAUACGAGGGCUUGGAAGGGAUCUACAGGUUCAUCGAAGAGUGCGAUCGGGCACGGUCCUGA